AACAACAACAACAACAACAACAACAACGUAAUAGCAUUCAACAAACUCUAGUAAAUAUUGCCCAUUAUCUAUAUUUUCCAAAUAAUAAAUUUAUCACAAAUGAGUCUUGACUAGCCUAACAUUAAGGUACCUUAACAAUCCUAAAAGUCAUGGAUGCAACUCAAUAUGAAAAAAUCUAUGUUGCAGUUGGCUAUGAUGUGGUAGAUGGAUUUCAAACAUUGGAUUGGGCUCUCAAGAAAUGGAAUUCUCAUCCAAAUAUUUCUAUAAUCAUUUUACAUGUUAACUACAAUACUUCCAAUGAUUAUGUUUAUACACUUCUUGGAAAACUCCCUGCAAAAGGUGCAUGUGAAGAAAAACUAGAACGUAUCAGGAAAUAUGAGCAAAACAUAAUCAACAAUUUGCUUUCCAAGUAUAUAGCUUUAUGUGACAAAGUUCCAGCUGAAACAUUUGAGGUUGAGAAAUUUGAUGAACCAAUGCAUAAUCUCACUAUAGACUUGAUCCUUGGUCUUGGAAUAACCAAAUUGGUCAUUGGAUUUUCAUUCAUGAGGCCUUCCAUGAAAUCAAAAGAUGUCAUGAAUGGAUUAUUCUAUGUUCAUCAAUACAAGCCUGAAUUUUGUGAGUUGUUCAUAAUAUGUGGAGGAAAACAAGUUUCACCAAGAGUGAACAAUGAUGAAAUAACCAUGGAGGAUGAUAGUGGAGUCAAGGUUGCUAAAAUGAGAGAUAACAAAACAAAUUUUAUAGAUUGGAUAGAAAGAGUGUUCUGUGAUAAAACCAUUGAUUCCAACGAAAGAGUUUCAAAUUCAAGUAGAUCAUCAACUUCCUCAACAAAUUUUGAGGCACAUCUUGACCAAAACCAGUGGGAAUUUUAUGUCCAAGAAAUUAAUAAUUAUUUUCAAGAGUUACUGUCCUUAAAUAUGGAAGGAGGAAAUUGUGAACAAGAAUUUGAUGAUGAUGAUGAUUCAUUUAUUAGUUCAAUCGAGGCUGCAUAUGUCCAACAACUUAAAAAUUCUGAUAUUCAGAGUGCUGAAGGAAAAUUUGAGAUCCUCACAUAUAAACUGAAUGAAGCUUAUAAUACAAUCCAAAUGAAAAGAAAAGAAGAAAAGGACAAUUUGGAUAGGCAUGCAAAAGCUGAAUGGGCGAUUUAUAUAUGCAAUCGUCAGGAAGAAGAACUUGAAUAUCUAAAAAGUGAAGAAGUGACAAAAAGGGAAGAGCUAAAGAAAGAACUUAAUGUAGAAAAAGAACAAAUUCAAAAAAUUAGAAUGAAUGUUGAAGAGAGCAAACAAAGGCUUAGCUCAUUGGUAGAGCAACAACUAGACCUAAAAAAUAAGCUUCAUGUUUCCACAUUGGAAAUUUCAGAAUGUGAAACCAAACUUGAGAAUGUAAUGGCUGCAAGGACAGAGAUGUUAAUGGUGAUUGAGGAGCUAAGUAGACAAAGGGAUGUGUUGAACAAAAGGGUUAUGUUUUUCAAAGAAAAAGAAGAUGACAAUAAUGAAAUUAGUAAUAUUAAUGAGAAGAGUUUUUAUUUAAGAGAGUAUACUAAGGAAGAGAUCAUGUUGGCCACCAACAACUUUUCAGAAUACUUUAGGUUGAAAUCUUGUGGGGAUUGGAGUAAUGUUUAUAGAGGAAACAUUAAUCAUUCCAAUGUUGCAAUCAAGAUGCUUGGUUCUACUUUUGCCUUGUCCCAACAAGAUUUCCAAGCUAAGGUAAAUAUUCGGCAUCCUCAUCUAGUUGCUGUAUUGGGCUUCUGCUCUGAGCCCAAAUGCUUAGUUUUGGAAUACAUGCAAAAUGGAAACUUGGAAGACAAGCUACUUUGCAAGACUAUAAGCUGGCAAGAUUGCAUAAAGAUAGCCAUAGAAGUUUGUUCUGGGCUGGGCUUUCUAAAUUCAUUUCAGCCCAGGCCCAUUAUUCAUUGUCACAUUUCUCCAUCCAACAUUCUCCUAGACAACAAUCUUGUUGCAAAGGUGACAUUUUGUUUUCAUGGUUGCAAUGAAGAAUGUAAUGUUGGGUUAGUUGUGAAAGAAAUUGGAAUUUUGUUGUUGCAUAUAUUGACUGGAAGAGGAAAUUGGGGGACAAUUGAUAUGGAAGCCUUUUAUGAUGAGAUUGGUGAAGAAUGGCCAUUUGAUGUAGCAAGAGAACUUUUGGACUUAGCAACGAGGUGCAUGUCCAAUGUAGAAGAAAUGAGUAUAAGAAAAAUCAUGGAAGAACUCAAUGAAAUCAAAAGAAAAGGUUGUGACUCCAUUAAAGUGCCUAAUAUUUUCCUUUGCCCAAUCCAAAAGAGAGUAAUGAGAAAUCCAUACAUAGCAGCAGAUGGAUUUUCUUAUGAGCUGGAAGCAAUAGAAGAGUGGUUGCAAUCUGGAAAUGACAUAUCACCCAAAAGCUUGAGGCUGAAGAAUACAUUACUUUUACCUAAUCAUAACCUCCGUUCCCUAAUUCAGUAUUGGCAUAGCAAGAGAUCAGCUAAUCAAGUUGUCAAAUAAAUACACACAUCUGCUUAUAACUUUAUUUCCAUAGGUUCUCCGCGGAAGGAGUCCUAUUCAAACCCCGUCAAAUAUUAAAUGUGGACACCUCUUCUAAGAAAAAUAGAUUUAUUUAUAACUUUUAUCUAAUACUAAUGAUCAACUUUGCAUAAUUUUUUCGUCAAAAAAAAAAAUCGCAUUUUUAUGCUUUUUAACUAUCCAACUAACUCAUGAAGUAUAUUAAACAUUUGAUUUAUUGUAACUUUAAAUAUCAAACAGGUAGAAAGUAUAAAAUGAAUUAUCAAUUGAUUAAAAGAAUUAUGUAUAAGUAAUCAGUGCUAUACUAUUUCC